AUGAGUGCACUUAUAUCUCUGGACAUUCAUAUGGAUAAUUUUUCAUUGAGUUUGACUACAGACGGCGUCCAUGCGCAACGGAAUGCCUUUCAAAAACAGAGGUUCAUUGUUGUCGGUAAGGAUGCUAUUCGUUCCAUCCCAAGGUUUGAAGAAGGACCGGUAUCUCUUGUUGGAAGACAAAGCGUUGGUUUAUCUACGUCAGAAGUCGAGGCGAUCCUCCUUUCCCCGGAAUUAUUCCUGCUGUACUUCGUACGCAACCCUUUAUUCCCCACUUUCCCAAACCAGAAUCUCCCGAUUGUUUCAACUACGUAUUUGAUCGUGCUGUACCUUUGA